UUUCCAUACAGAAGCGCAGACACGAGCAGGGAGGAUGUGUUUUCAUGUGAUGCUCAGACUCUCCGCGGUUAGAGUCUGACGGGAUUGACUCCAACAUCAACAACUUCAGCUGUUAUUCAUCUUUGGCAUUUAGAAUAAAGAGAGAAAAGAUGAAGUUUCCGACGGAAAACCCAAGAAAACCAGGAAACAUGAAUCCUCCACCAGUGGCUGUUCAGACCAACCUGGUCCCCCCGAAGAAGGUCCAGCCCGGCAUGCUGCAGUCCAGUUUGGUCCAUGCCAGCGUGGCCACCAUGCAGAACCCCAUGGGCUGCGUUCUGCCGCGCCUCUCCAUGGCCUCACGGCCCGCCAGCAUGGUGGCCAGCAUGGAGGUGGUGGCCGAUGGAUCUGCGCCUUUCACCAUCAUGAAGCCAAAGACCGCCUUAGCUGUGUUCGUGGUGGUGGUGGCCUACCUGGUGGCGGGUGGCUUGGUGUUCCAGGCGCUGGAGCAGCCUUUUGAGAACAACCAGAAGAUCACCAUCACAGCAGAGAAGGCGGCCUUCUUGCAGAAACACCCAUGUGUAUCUCAGGAGGAACUGGAGGCCCUCAUCAAGCACUCAGUGGAGGCGGUCAAUGCUGGAGUGAACCCUGUCGGAGAUACUUCCUACAACUCCAGCCACUGGGAUCUGGGAAGUGCCUUUUUCUUUGCUGGAACAGUUAUCACAACUAUAGGAUACGGAAACAUUGCUCCCAGCACAGAAGGAGGGAAGAUUUUCUGCAUCCUUUAUGCAAUUUUUGGCAUCCCGCUCUUCGGAUUUCUGCUGGCUGGAGUUGGCGACCAACUGGGAACCAUAUUUGUCAAAAGCAUUGCCAAAGUGGAGAAGAUGUUUCGGAAUAAUCACAACCAAAUCAGUCAGACCAAAAUCCGAGUGGCCUCAACACUUCUCUUCAUCCUGGUUGGCUGCAUCUUAUUCGUCACCAUCCCCGCCGUGAUCUUCAAACACAUUGAGGGAUGGACGUGUCUAGAUUCUACGUACUUUGUCGUGAUAACGCUGACAACCAUUGGAAUAGGCGACUAUGUGGCAGGAGGAGACAGAAAGAUUGAGUACCGCAAGUGGUACCGACCACUGGUGUGGUUCUGGAUCCUUGGCGGCCUGGCGUACUUUGCUGCAGUGCUGAACAUGAUCAGUGAAUGGCUCAGGGUGUUGACCAAAAAGACCAAAGAAGAGGUUGGGGAGAUCAAAGCUCAUGCGGCAGAGUGGAAAGCAAACGUGCGAGCAGAGUUUCGAGAGACCCGAAGACGUAUGAGUGUGGAAGUCCAUGAGAAGCUCCAGCGAGCCGCCACCAUAAGGAGUAUGGAGAGGAGACAACUGGGCCUAGACCAAAGAGCUGUGUCACUGGAUAUGCUGUCCCCAGAGCGGCGGGCCAUUUUUAAUAGCCUGGACACCAGCAACUACAAGAACUCCUCCCAAGAGAGUAUUGACAUCAAACUGAACAACCUCCAUCUGCAGGGCUCAGAGCACGGCGUUCAACACCACAACCACCAGACCUCGUCUGAGGACAACAUCUUCAACCGCCUAGGAUCUGUCACUAGACUAGCCAAGCGCGGCAGAAACCGGGACCUGAAGAAGAACAUCCCGGACGAGGCUCGACGACCUCACAGCGAGGCCUACACCUGUAGCACACGUCCCUUCGACUGCAGCACAGCUUCUGCUGACGAAGCAAAACUAAAAGUCGAAGGAGAGGAUGAGAAUGAAGAGAAGCAGUGCAACACUAGCUUGUCUGAAUUCUCAAUGUUUGUGGAACCCUGUAAGGCUCUGAACGGGUUGAUCCAGAAGGAGAACCAGGAGAAGAAGGAGACAUUUGUCACUGAAGAGCUCCCCUCACACAUGGGCUUAUAGACUUUGAGCUCUUUAGGUUUUAAAUCCACCAUUUGUGCCUUUUUGUGCAUGAGCAGAAAAACAACUGAGUUUCUGCAAAGUCAUGUCAUUACCUGUCCACUACCGAUCCAAAAAAACUCAGUGAUCCAUGGUAUGGUGUGUCCACAGGACCUGUCCAGGUAUCUCUGCUGGUAUAGCAACUUCAAAGCUUAAGGUGGUUCUUCUUGAGGUUUUAGAAGCACUGUGACUGCUGCUGCUGUUGUUUUACAUACAUAUCUAUUGUGAUUAUUUCAAUGUUCAGCCCAAAAUAGUUGCUCCAAAUGUGACAGAAGUAAAUACUUCUUGAGAAGGGAUCGCCCUACCAUUUUGGUAGCUUACCACUUUGCUUGGGGAGAUGGGUUUAGAUCUAAGCUCUUGAUUGAAAUAAAACCACCAAAUAUCUCACCAAACAAAAGUUGAAGACUACUUGUUGGGGAUUUUUUUUAACCUAAAUAAAACAAAACAAACUGCAUUUGCAGAUUCACCUCUAACCUUCCAUGAACAUUUUUGGAUGGUUUACCACUAAGCGUGAGGAUUUGGUUAAACUGAUUUUGGAUUUUUUUAAAAUGUUAUUAUUUAGUUUGGUUUGCUUUUACAAAAAAAAAAAAAAAAAAAAGCUUGAGGAAAAAUCAAGCCACCAAAAACAUGCAGUUGCAACAACUGAUCAUGGGGGGCAGUGUUGCCCAAAACAAGUGCUAACCUAAAAAAAUCAUAUUAAUAAUAAUAAAAGCACAGAAAAGAUAGUCUAGCGGCAUCUGUGAGGGGCUUUUAUUGUCAAGCACCUUUAGUUCAAAGUUGCACCUCAUUUUCUAACAUUUUACAGGAUUCACACUUUUUUGUACUUGUAUUUUUGGUGGCUUUUUAAAAACUUUUGUUUUAAUUUUGUGGGACAGUUUUCUGCAUCCACAGUGCAGAGAACCACUACAAGUAAACCAGAACUUUUUGUUUACCUGGUUUGUUUGGUCUGCAUGCACACUUACAAAUUGAUGAGACAAAAAAAAGAAACCGGUCCAGACUCAACAGCUUAGUGUGAAAGCACCUUAAAUGACAAAAAAAAGAACCUCAUCUUAGAAGAUUUUGUAAAGAGCCACCCAUCAGGGACUUUGAGGUUUUACAUCAGUUUGUUUAAGUGUCCUUUAGCAACACGAUGAACUGCAGUUUGCCCCCAUAUCUGCAAAUCAUCCUUUUAUUUGAGAAAAAACAAUAAGAUGAUCAAAAAUAUCGGAACUGAAACGAUGAACGAUGCAGUUAAAUGACAGGUUGCAUGUUUGAGCUGCACGUAAGAACCAUAGAUUAGUCUGUUGAUUUUAGGUGACAGAUAUCUCUGCCUGCUGCGUGUCACAUUGACGAAUCAUGAUCGCCAAUAAAACCUCACAUCAGACUCAAAAGUCAAACUUUUUCAUGGGGAAAACCAAUAUCACACACUCAACAACAUAGCUCAAACAAAGCAUGUCAGAUACUUUGAAAAAAAUUCAAAAGUAUUCUGUACAAUUUUCUUUUUUAUACUUGAACCAACUUGACAAUUUUUGCAUCACUGCAUGAAGUGAAGCUCAAAUCCUUAAAAUAAUUCCAUUUUUAAAAAUGGGAGGAGCAGAAUAACACUGUUGACUUAAAUGAAAAAGUUGAUCUUUGUGUUCUAUUGUAAUCAUUUUAUAUUAAGAUUUAUCAUGCAGACUUUUUUGAAUGUGUAGCUAUUAAAAAAAUUAGGAACAUGCUGUGCAUUGUCCUGAAAAGGACGACUUAGCAGACAGAUAUAAAAUGCCUAAAGGACUGUGACCUCUCUGAGCUCCAUCUCAGCCUUUCUUUGCCUUAAUUUACUCAUCAGGUUUGUCUUUGCUGCAUUUAUUCUUUGUGAGGUCAAUGAGGAUCGCUACGUUUUAGGCAAAAUCGUAUAUCAACGAAAGCUGUAAUAACGGUGUUAUUAAAUAUAUGUUGAAAUCACCAUCAAGAAAACAUUACAAAGUGAAUUUGACAUUCUUGAUUCAGGUUUCAUAUAUUCUCCAAUUUACUGAAGGUAUCACAAAAAAGGAAAUCUGUACAAAAAUUGUCAUUCGUUAGAUGGGAUUUGCUGACAUCUGUGGUUGUCUGCAGUACUGCAUUUUUUUGCACUUCGCAGCUUAAUCUGCACUACACCUGGAAGUUUCUACAACAUGUGUGACGCCUCUAAAAGAAAAUAUGAUGUAUUUCAAAGGUGUUUAAGUUAAAACCCUGAAGAAAUAAACAGAAAAAAACGGCAUGUUGUCAUGUUAUAAUGCCACCAUGUUUGUGGAUUUUGUGUCACUUCCCACUUCCAAGGCUCCACAUGGCGUGUAAUUCUGUUGCUCACGCAGCAUGUGCUCUGUACCUGAAUGUUUACUAUGUUUACUGUAUAUGUUGUACAAACAUUACAUUAAAUGUGAUGACUUUCAGAAAGAA